GGCAGGAAAAAAGUUCUCGGGCAAAGAAAUCAACCCGGCUCUUUCGCUCCCCCAAAAGUUAAAAAAGACAACCACCAGGCCAAUCAAACAGCCACAGCAAAAAUGGGAAAAAAAAAGACAAUAUCCAGGGUAGAGGGCGCCUCCAAGGAGAAGAAGAACGUCAAAGCCAAGCCUGUCAAGCAAAAAGCCGACAAGAAGAAAACGACACCGCCCGCCCCCGUAGCCGACGAAAUGGAGGUCGACAAGGUCGCCGACGACGAGUGGGAGGAUGAGGACGACGGUGCCGAUGCCGAUGCCGAUGCCAGCACUGUCCCGCCCAGGUCCGCGAACAAAAAGGACAAGAAGCAAAAGAAGACCAAGACCAGCAAACAACAAACCCCCGUACCACCAGCAGCAGAAGCCGACGAACAAGACGACGACGACUCCGGUUCCGACGACGACGAGGACAACGAGAUGAUUGGGUACGACAACCACGGAAUUGACCUAGCGGGGAUAGACGACUCAGACUCGGAUUCCGAGCUCGAGAAGGAGGACAAGGACGGCCAAGACAACGGCAACGACUCGGAGGACGAAAUUGACGUCGACGACCUGUCCAUCUCGGGGUCCGAGGACGGGGAGAACAUGCGGGCGCUGACGCGGAUCCGCGAGACCAUCAACAACAAGGACGCGCUGCUGGCGUCGCUGAAGCGCAUCGCGCUCGAUGUGACGCCCGGCGUCGUGCCCUUCGCCGUGCACCAGAGCGUCGUGGCCCCCACCACCACCCAGUCGACCAUGGGCGACGCCGCCGUCGACGACGACUUGGCCCGCGAGCUGGCCUUCAUGAACCAGGCCAUGGGCGCCGCGCGCACCGCGCGCGCGCUGCUGCGCAAGGAGGGUGUCCCCUUCACCCGCCCCGUCGACUACUUCGCCGAGACGCUGCGCAGUGACGCCACCAUGGAGCUCGUCAAGGCCAAAAUGGUCGAGGAGGCCACGGCCAAGAAGGCGUCGGCCGAGGCCCGCAAGCUGCGCGAUCUCAAGAAGUUUGGCAAGCAGGUCCAGGUGGCCAAGCAGCAGGAGCGCGCCAAGGAGAAGCGCGAGGUCCUGAGCAAGAUUGACCAGCUCAAGAAGAAGCGCAAGGAAGGAGCCUCGGCUGCCCUCGGCGCUAACGAAACCGAGGACAUGUUCGACGUGGCCGUCGACAACGAGCUCGGCGAUAGCAGCAAGGGCAACAAGCGCUCUGCCGGCGGCGACAGCGGCGGCCGCCCCAACAAGCGCGUGAAGAAGGACACCAAAUUCGGCUACGGCGGCAAGAAGCGCCACGCCAAGUCGGGCGACGCCACGAGCUCCGGCGACCUGAGCACCUUUAGCGCUAAGCGCAUGAAGAGUACCAGCGGCGGUAGGCCAGGCGGAGCGGGAGGCAAACCCGGCGGCGGUGGUGGUCACAAGGCACCGCGGCUAGGCAAGUCACGGAGGAAGGCGGCCGGGAGGAAAUGAAGCUGUUUUUUGUCAGAUUAAUCCUUGGAGGCGCCGGGGGGAGGCUUCCGGCUGUGUGGGAGUUGUAAAGCGUCAUGCCUUUUUGUGAGGACACGCAAACACGCAAACACCACACACACUAUAACUAAAAUAAAGCAAAGUAAAUACAUAGACCACAUGGCCACAGCUCGGGGAC